CCUUGCCAUCUUCUUGCUGCUUCGUUUUAGCUUUACAACUUCCACUCCUCGCAGCUCCUUCGCCAUUGCAGCAGUUCUCGCUGUCCUCCUUCUCUCCCCGGACACGAAUCCAGCGGCAAGCAAAACCCGCUUGCCUGGGCGCUUUGCAAAGGAAGAGGGUGGGGAGGCGAGGCGAGGCGGGCCGUGCCGCUGAAAGGGCCGGGCCUUAGCGUUGCCUCUUUCCUGCGAGCCGUUCAGGCGGGGCUAAGGUCUCCCUCCCUCUCCGGAGGGAACUGAUUCUCCUCCCGAUUCGUCCUUUUCCCCGCCCGCGCCUGUCUCUUUCAGCUUCCCCCUCGACCCGCAAGCCGUUGCAGCGUCCUCGGGAGCCACUCCUGUCUUUCGGAAGUUAAUUUCCGUCGCCUGCAAGAGCGGAAAGCGCCAGGCAGCCGCAAUGGCCCAUGCUAAGCAGACCCGUGUCUUCCUGCUCAACGACAUGGAAAAGCUGGACAAGACCCUCUUCCGGCUGGAACAAGGUUUUGAGCUCCAGUUCCGACUGGGCCCUACUUUGCAAGGAAAGCAUGUCACGGUGUAUACCAACUAUCCAGCUUCUGGAGAAGUGUUUGAUCGUCACAAGUUCAGAUCGCUGUCGUGGCACAACCCAACAGGAAAAGAAGACGAUUCUGACAAAUACUGUAAACUAGACCUCCAAACUUCUGGAUCAUACAAGUAUCAUUUCAGUCAUGAAGGUCAGAAAAGUGGUGGAGGCUAUAUAGUUGUAGAUCCUAUUUUACGUGUUGGUGCUGACAAUCAUGAAUUGCCUUUGGACUGUGUUACGCUCCAGACAUUCCUAGCAAAGUGUCUGGGACCAUUUGAUGGAUGGGAAGAUCGUCUGAGAGUCGCAAAAGAAUCUGGUUAUAACAUGGUUCACUUGACACCAAUACAGAAACUUGGGCUAUCUAGAUCGUGUUAUUCAUUGGCUGACCAGCUGGAAGUAAAUCCUGAUUUUUCAACCCCCAACAAAAAGUGUUCCUGGAGCGAAAUUGGAAAACUAAUAGAAAAAAUGAAAAAUGAAUGGAAUAUGCUUUGUAUUACAGACGUAGUCUACAAUCACACUGCGGCAAAUAGUGAGUGGAUCACUCAACAUCCAGAAUGUGCAUACAAUCUUGUUAAUUCUCCUCACUUGAAACCAGCCUGGCUUUUGGACAGAGCCCUUUGUCAUUUAACCUAUAAAGUAGCUGGUGGCAAAUGCAGUGAUAAAGGGGUGCCUCCAGUGAUUGAAAAUGAGCAUCACUUGAAUUGUAUACGAAAAGUUAUUUAUGAGGAUGUUUAUCCCAAGAUAAGAUUAUGGGAAUUCUUCCAAGUAGAUGUUAACAAAGCAGUGCAACAAUUUAAAACACUUCUAACUCAAGCAGGUGGCUCAAAAGUUAAAACCGAUCCUAGUCAACAUCUUGCAAUCAUUCAGGAUCCUGAAUUUAAGAGAUUCAACUGUACUGUAGAUAUGAAUAUUGCGCUGAAUACCUUCAUACCACAUAGCAAUGGGCCUGCUGCAAUAGAAGAGUGUUGUAACUGGUUCCGCAAGCGAAUUGAAGAACUAAAUGGUGAACAGUACCGGCAAAUAAAUUACCACCAAGAGCAGGCAGUCAAUUGCAUCUUGGCAACAGUGAACUAUGAACGACUGGCUGGUCAUGGUCCCAAACUAGGUGCUGUAACUAGAAAGAAUCCUUUAGUUACAAGGUACUUUACUUACCCAUUUAAAGAGUUUAGCCUGGAAGAAGAAGAAGAAAUGAUGAUGCAUCAGCCUGAUAAAGCAAGUUAUUUCAUGGCCCAUAAUGGCUGGGUGAUGGGAGAUGAUCCUCUGAGAAACUUUGCUGAACCCGGUUCAAAUGUCUACUUGAGAAGAGAGCUCAUUUGCUGGGGUGACAGCGUCAAGCUGCGUUAUGGGAACAAGCGAGAAGACUGUCCAUAUCUCUGGGCUCACAUGAAGAAAUACACUGAAAUGACCGCCAAAUAUUUCCAUGGAGUACGUCUUGACAACUGCCACUCAACACCUCUUAAUGUGGCUGAGGAGAUGCUAGCAGCAGCCAGGUCAGUCAGACCUAAUCUUUAUGUGAUAGCUGAACUCUUCACGGGCAGUGAGUACAUUGACAAUGUCUUUGUCAACCGCCUUGGAAUUACCAGUCUGAUUAGAGAGGCAAUGAGUGCAUACAACAGUCAUGAAGAGGGGAGAUUAGUUUACCGCUUUGGAGGAGAGCCAGUUGGGUCUUUUGUGCAGCCACGUUUGAGGCCUCUGAUGCCAGCCAUAGCUCAUGCACUGUUCAUGGACAUUACACAUGAUAAUGAAUGUCCAAUUCAGCAUCGAUCUGCUUAUGAUGCCCUUCCGAGCUCAAUGAUUGUUUCCAUGGCAUGCUGUGCUACAGGGAGCACUAGAGGCUAUGAUGAACUGGUGCCCCAUCAGAUUUCUGUGGUUUCUGAAGAGCGGUUUUAUGCCAAGUGGAAUCCAGCAGCAUUGCCCUCAACACCCGGGGAAGUCAAUUUUAAAACAGGGAUUAUAGCAGGAAGGCUGGCGAUCAACAGAUUGCACCAAGAGCUGGGAGCUAAAGGCUUUAUUCAGGUGUUUGUAGAUCAAGUCGAUGAGGAUAUUGUGGCUGUGACAAGGCACUGCCCUAACACACACCAGUCUGUCGUGGCUGUUUCCCGAACAGCUUUCAGAAAUCCCAAAACUUCCUUUUACAGCCAAGAAGUUCCCCAGAUGUGCAUUCCAGGCAGAAUAGAAGAGGUGGUUCUUGAAGCUAGGACUGUUGAAAGAAAUGCUGGCCCAUAUAAGAAAGAUGAGCACUCAAUCAAUGGAUUGCCCGAUUACACAGUUGAGCUUCGAGAACACAUCCAGCUCAAAGAAAGCAAAAUCAUAAAACAAGCUUCAGUUGCUACAAAAGGCCCCAAUGAAUUUGUUCAAGAAAUAGAAUUUGAAAAAUUAACGCCAGGCAGUGUUAUUAUAUUUAGAGUUAGUCUUGAUCCGAAGGCACAAGAGGCUGUGGGAGUACUGCGUAGUCACCUGGUCCAGUUCAGUCCUCACUUUAAAUCUGGAAGUUUGCCUGAUGAUAAUUCAGAACCUAUACUCAAAACACCCUUCUCAGUCAUUGCAUCAAAAUUAACGCUGGCAGACCUGAAUCAGGUAUUAUAUCGGUGUGAUGCUGAAGAACAAGAGGAUGGUGGGGGAUGCUAUGACAUACCAAACUGGACACCCCUAAAAUAUGCAGGCCUCCAAGGAUUGAUGUCAGUGAUGGCUGACAUACGACCAAAGAAUGAUUUGGGACACCCUUUUUGUGGUAACUUGAGAUCUGGAGACUGGAUGAUUGACUAUGUCAGCAACCGGCUCAUUUCCCGGGCUGCAGCCUGUGCUGAAGUUGGCAAGUGGUUGAAAGCAAUGUUUAUCUACUUGAAGCGGGUUCCUCGUUAUCUCAUUCCAUGUUACUUUGAUGCCAUAUUAGUUGGUGCAUAUACAACGCUGCUUGAUGUGGCUUGGAAGCAGAUGUCAAGCUUUGUUCAGAAUGGAUCGACAUUUGUUAAACAUCUUUCCUUGGGUUCAGUCCAGAUGUGUGGAAUAGGAAAAUAUCCUUCUUUGCCACCUCUGUCCCCUGCCAUUCAAGAUGUUCCCUACAGGCUGAAUGAAAUUACAAAAGAAAGUGAACAGUGCUGUGUUUCUUUAGCAGCUGGUUUACCUCAUUUUUCAUCUGGCAUUUUCCGCUGUUGGGGAAGGGACACGUUUAUUGCCCUGAGAGGUCUGAUGUUAGUUACUGGACGGUACUUGGAAGCUAGGAACAUAAUUUUGGCAUUUGCUGGUACCCUGAGACAUGGCCUCAUUCCCAACUUGCUUGGUCAGGGCACUCAUGCAAGGUUCAAUUGCCGUGACGCUGUGUGGUGGUGGCUUCAGUGUAUUCAGGAUUACUGCAAAGUUGUUCCAAACGGUACUGAGAUUCUCAGGUGUCCUGUGUCCAGAAUGUAUCCUACAGAUGAUUCCGCUCCUCAGCCAGCGGGCAGAAACGAUCAGCCUCUAUAUGAUGUGAUACAGGAAGCUAUGCAGAGACACAUGCAAGGCAUACAGUUCCGAGAGAGGAAUGCUGGCCCACAAAUAGAUAGAAACAUGAGAGAUGAAGGUUUUAAUGUGACUGCAGGUAUAGAUGUGGAGACUGGCUUUGUCUAUGGAGGGAACCGUUUCAAUUGUGGCACAUGGAUGGAUAAGAUGGGGGAGAGCGAUAAAGCUCGCAAUAAAGGAAUUCCAGCAACUCCAAGAGAUGGCUCUGCUGUGGAAAUUGUUGGCCUGUGCAAAUCAACAGUUCGCUGGCUGCAUGAACUGUCAAAGAAAAAUAUAUUUCCUUAUUCUGGAGUUACUGUGAAAAGGCAUGGGAUGGAGGAGACCAUUACAUAUGAUCAAUGGAACAGGAAAAUCCAAGCACACUUUGAAAAGCUGUUCUUUGUCUCUGAGAACCCAGCAGAUCGUAAUGAGAAGCAUCCCACUCUGGUUCAUAAACGGGGCAUUUAUAAAGACAGCUGUGGAGCAUCAAGUCCUUGGUGUGACUAUCAACUAAGGCCUAACUUCCCCAUAGCAAUGGUGGUGGCACCAGAAAUGUUUUCUCCUGAAAAAGCUUGGAAAGCACUUGAAAUCGUAGAGCAAAAGUUACUAGGUUCGCUUGGCAUGAAAACAUUGGACCCAGACGAUAUGGUUUACUGUGGUGUGUAUGACAAUGCCUUAGACAACGACAACUACAAUGUGGCUAGAGGAUUUAAUUACCAUCAAGGGCCUGAGUGGCUUUGGCCCAUUGGGUAUUUUCUUCGUGCCAAAUUGUACUUUGCCAAGUUAAUUGGUCCAGAGAUCUAUGCAAAGACUGUGUUUUUGGUUAAGAAUGUGCUUUCUCGGCAUUAUGUUCAUCUUGAGAGAUCUUCUUGGAAGGGGCUUCCAGAACUGACUAAUGAAAACGGGCAGUAUUGCUCCUUCAGCUGUGAAUCUCAGGCCUGGUCAAUCGCUGCCAUCCUUGAGGUUCUCUAUGACUUGUAACGGUGGUAAUCUGCCUCAAUGAGUCAUCUUGCUUUGUUCUCAAUUUAAGUACCCUUGCUUGUCCUGUUGUAGAGUCCUGCUUUUCCACUGUUACAUUGUGAACUUCCCUGGUUUUAGAAAAAAUGGUUUAUAUCUGUUCUGACACACUUGUUUGUGGGUGCUCAUUCUUUGAGAAUUGCACUAGAAUUAUAUAUAUUUUAAACUACUAAUGAGGACUAGAAGCUGAUAAACUAAAAGCACCUUCACUGAGCAUGUAGUCAAAUAUAUCAAGAAUAAAUAUGUGGGUUAACUGUAUACUGGAGCAGGCUUCUGAUGCAACAGGAUUUCCUUUUCAAGACCCUAAAUUUUUAGUAUUUCAAACAAAGGUAACAGUAUAACUGAAUUAGUGAUUGAUCAUCUGACACAGUGCAUUCAUGGCUAUAAAACUAAAUGAAACUUACAGAAAAGGUUGAAUUGGUUUGCUCAUGUUAUCUGAAGUCAGUGAUGGGAACUAGUCAUUCUGUGAUAAUUAACAGUAAAAGUAGUAGCACAAGCUAGUCACAAUACAAUGGCCAUUUUAAAUCUCUCGCUGUGGUGGCUGCCUUACUUGGUAGGAUGUUGCAUGGAACCAAAUAUCCUAUCCUUGCCCUUUGGCAAUUUGGGCAAUACCAGAUGAACUCCUCACUCUUAUGAAGGCAGCUGCCAAGAAGAACAAUUCACAGCUGCUUCCUGACAAGCAGUUGUUCAUGUAACAACCUUUAGUGACCUACCUGCAAGAAAGGAAUUUUUCUGUUGCGUAAGGUUCUAAGAGAUUCCUUUAUCUUGAUUCAAUCCAACUUGUUCUAAGUGCUGUGAUUACGGUUUAGUUGAAAGUAUCUGAAACUCAGUAACUUGUGCCAUUGUCUCAGUGCAAUUAAUCAGCAAAAGCCAAAUUAGGUAGCAGUGUUUUUUGGACUGCACAUGGAAAAUAGUAAGUUGAAAACUAGGGUCAUUUUAUAUAAACAAACUGCAAUUUGUCAUGCUCAUCUUCGAGUCUUACCUUGGAAAAGGAUGCUGCACCUGAGCAAGUUUGGAAAGCUCCACUUAUGAUAACUCCAAUCACAUUACCUUUCAAUAGGCAAUGAGGUGCAUAAGAUGGAUACAUUUGGUGUUUUGGCCAUAUUAACUGGCUUAAAGUCUCAUUAGCUUUGGAAGAGUAUAUUUACAAGUUGGUGUGCUUUAUAUUGAAACCCUACAGUCAGAUAUUUGGAGCCAAACCUAGAUGUGACAAGCAGCAGCUCCACACGUUUAGGUAUGGAAGUGCCCCAAUCGUAUAGAAAGAUGGGAGUGGGUGCUGGCCAGUGUUCCCUCUAAGCUGAGUUAGUGUGAGCCAACUCACAGUUUUUUAGCCUCCAGCUCA